AUGGAUGAUGAGAUUCUGGAGGAGAUCCACUAUCUCACGGGUCGUGGCUUGCAAGGUUAUAAGCAACUGCAACGUGCAGUAGAAGAGGGCUUCGCCUCGGGAGCCUCCUGGCCUGCUCAAAUCAACUUGAACAAUGCAGUGAUGACUGGAAACAUCACCACUCUGCGUUUCCUCGUGGAUGAGGUGGGGGUGAAGACCUUGAAUUCUGAUUGCAAGGGCUACACACCCUUGCAAAUGGCAGUGGUUUGGGGACAGGUCGACAUCUUGGUGUACCUUCUGACGCGAGGUGCCGAACCAAACCUUUGGAUGAAGUCUUCAGUGGUGGACCAAGCGCGGCGACGGCAAACGCGCCUGGAGGCUUCGCUGUCCAAAGCUGAAGAGUAUCCAGAUUCCUGCAAUUUGGACCCCCAGCAGAUCUUGGACCUGUUUGAAAAAGGCAAAGUAAUGCUGGAGGUGCUUGAAGGAGUCGAGGCCCAAGGCUCAUACAAUGCUUGGGCUGUGCGAAAUCGCAGCCAUCCUUUGGUACGGCGCUUUAGUUGGGAUUUGGGAGAUCCAGAGCCCAGAUUUCGAUUGACAGUGCUUCGAGCACUGACUCUUGCAAAUCGAGCAAGUUUGCUUCCAGAGCGGGAGGUACUUGAGAGCUGUGAGCCUGGCGAAGCUCUAACCAAGGCACUUGGCCGACUGGGCCUGGGGAAUCGGGCUCAUGAGCUUCAAGACGCUUUGCAAGCCUUCACUGUCCCUCAACUGCAGCAGAAGAACCUCACCCGUGAGGACUUCGACAACUUGUUGCGUCCUGUCGCUUUGCUGUCGGAUGGUGAACAUCGGCGCCUAUGGCGAUUUGUGAUGGAGUUGCAAGAAGACCAGAAGCCAAAAGCUAAGACCAGAGCUACCAAUGGCUAUGUGGCUAAGGCAGCCCUUCUAGCUUUGCCCCGAACCAAGAGGAAGGCCGCAGCAGAGGCAACCAUUGAAGGCGUUCCUCGAGCCGCCUUUGCCGAUGGCUUGCAGCUCAUUUUUCAUGAAGCCUUACCAGACACAGCCUUUGUGCUGGUGGUGUCGUUUUGCUAUGGGCUCAGACUGAGCCGAUAG